AGCCAAGGGGGGCUGCGCUGCGAAUCACAGCUGCACAACGAGCGCUGGAGGCGGCAGCUACAUCGGAGACCUGGGUUUUCUCGUCCCCCCUCUCCUCCUUUUUUUUUUUUUUUUUUUUUUUCCCCUCCUCCCUUCCUCCUUCCCCUCCUUCCUCCCCCUCUUCCCUCCCCUUCCCUUUGCGCGGAGAGAGCCAGAGAAAACUCCCGUGCAAAGCCCGGUCGCUGCCGCACAGCCGGUGCGCUCCCGGAGCGGAAAGUUGCGGCACGCUCCGGCGCUCCGCUACCGCGGGGAGAAAGCUCAGGACUUACAAAACCCACCCGGAGGCGCAGGCUUAGACCUUCUGCACUGUUCUUCUCGCUUCCCGCACGGCCCCGAAGGCAGCAUCUUUGUUUUGUUUUGCUUUUGCCCUCCUGCCGCUGCUCGUUUCUCCUUUCCGUGGGCGUCUGAGUGCCCGGAGCCGCCGGCGGUGCGCUGCCAGCGCUGAUACCCAAAGCCGGGAGGCGUCGGGUGGCUCCGGGAGCCGGCUCGUCCCUGGCUUUGUCGCUGCGGUCCGAAGAAGCCCCAGAAGCCGGGAGAAGGAGGAGGCGGCGGUGGUGGAGGGGGGAGCGGAGGAAAGGAAGCGAGAGGCGAAGCGGAGGCAAAGUUUCUUUGGAAUAGGGAGCGCGGCCAGCCCUCUGCCAGGCUGCGCGCUGGGGCCAGGUCUCCAGCCCCCUCCGCCCGGAGAGGAGCCCGCAAGACAGCGAUGGCCGGAGAGCUGAGCAUCGGAGCCGAGCUGCCCACCAGCCCCCUGGCCAUGGAGUACGUCAACGACUUCGACCUGAUGAAGUUCGACGUGAAGAAGGAGCCUCUGGGCAGGAACGACCGUUCGGGCAGGCACUGCACCCGCCUGCAGCCUGCCGGCUCCGUGUCCUCCACCCCCAUCAGCACCCCCUGCAGCUCCGUGCCCUCCUCGCCCAGCUUCAGCCCCACCGAACAGAAGACCCACUUGGAGGACCUGUACUGGAUGGCCAACAGCUACCAGCAGAUGAACCCCGAGGCGCUGAACCUCACCCCGGAGGAUGCGGUCGAAGCCCUCAUCGGCUCCCACCAAGUGUCCCAGCAGCUGCAAGGCUUCGAGAGCUUCCGGGCCCAUCACCACCACCAUCACCAUCACCACCAGCACCACCACCAGUACCCCACCGUCACCCACGAAGACCUGGCGGGCAGCGGGCACCCUCACCACCACCAUCACCACCACCAUCAGGCCUCUCCUACCCCUUCCACCUCAUCCAGCUCCUCUCAGCAGCUCCAGACCUCUCACCAGCAGCAUCCCCCAUCCAGCAGCGUGGAGGACCGGUUCUCGGAUGACCAGCUGGUCUCCAUGUCCGUGAGGGAGCUCAACAGGCACCUCCGAGGCUUCACCAAAGACGAGGUGAUCCGCCUCAAGCAGAAGAGGAGGACCUUGAAGAACAGGGGCUACGCUCAGUCCUGCAGGUAUAAACGCGUCCAGCAGAAGCACCACCUGGAGAACGAAAAGACCCAACUCAUUCAGCAGGUGGAACAGCUCAAGCAAGAAGUGACCCGGCUGGCCAGAGAGCGAGACGCCUACAAGCUCAAGUGUGAGAAACUUGCCAGCAAUGGCUUCAGAGAGGCCGGCUCCACCAGUGACAACCCGUCUUCCCCCGAGUUCUUCAUGUGAGUGCUUAAUAAAGUAAUUAAAAAAAAA